AUGACCCCACAUAUUGUACACCCAUGUACCCAUGAGGAGGGUACCAUUGCAGUGUCAACUAGGCCUCAGUUACUUUUCAGUUUGCCCAAAUUGAGCCCAUCUCAACAUCUGGCAGUUCUUACCAAGCAACUACUUUACUGUAUGGCCUGCAACCAACUUCUGCAAUUCAGAGGAUCCAUGCUUGCUCUGGCCAUGGUUAGUCUGGAAAUGGAGAAACUCAUUUCUGAUUGGCUUUCUCUUGCAAUUGAACUACUUCAGAAAGCACAGAUGGAUGGCUCCCAAUUGAUCCAUUGUCAGGAGCUUGUGGCACAUCACCUUUCUACUCUGCAGUCUUCCCUGCCUCUAAAUUCCAUUUAUGUCUACCGUCCCCUCAAGCACACCCUGGUAACCUGUGACAAAGGAGUGUUCAGAUUACAUCCCUCCUCUGUCUCAGGCCCAGACUUCUCCAAGGACAACAGCAAGCCAGAAGUGCCAGUCAGAGGUACAGCAGCCUUUUACCAUCAUCUCCCAGCUGCCAAUGGGUGCAUGCCGAUCUCUUCUAAACGCAGAGUAGAGGAAAUGGAAGUGGAUGACUUCUACGAUGGAUUCAAAUGGCUCUAUAAUGAAGAUAAUGUUUCAGAAAAUGUGGGUUCUGUGUGUGGCACUGAUAUAUCAAGACAGGAGGGACAUGCUUCUCCUUGUCCACCUUUGCAGCCUAUUUCUGUCACGUAGUUUCAACAAGAGUUACGUUUGAGUGUAAACUGAGGUAGACUACUCUGGGAAUGAGAACGUGGGAAAUGAGGAAAGGCUGUAGAAGGAAAUAUACCUUAACAGGCUGAUUUGGAGUAAGCCAGAA